UUCUCUUUGAGGAGUAUAUCCACGAUGAAUAACUAGGUAGUUGUGUAGAUUUAUACUGCAACUUUAGUUGGUCGGACUAAUACGACUUGGCGACCAGUUGACAUUUCCACUUUGCCAAAAAUACAUGACCCCAUAAGAGGCUGCGGACCAAGAGCCAUAGCAAUUAACCUAUUUCAAUCUACCAUGUAACAGUGCGCAGCCAAGAUCCCCCCGCAUUCUAUAUAAAAUAGUUGAUAAUAUUUCCGCAGAUACCUACUGUUUCGGUCCAAGACAGACCGAAAUAUCUAUAUUGAUGCAGGUACGGUCUUUUAGGCAGUCCAGACCUCGCAAGAAUUGGUGACGAUACCCGAACGUUUAUGUAGAGUGACAUGGCACUAUUCCCACUAUAUUUUGCAAUGUCUCCCUCAGUCCUAACACGCGAUUUGGCGUGAGAUAUAACCCGAGUUAAAUAUUUUAUUGCUAAAAUGGUGUCGCUGAAGGCGUUGACCUUCGCUAUUCUAGCCUCCCGGGUAAAGGCGCUGCUGGAGGCUACAGAGACUACAAGCCAAUAUAUCCUACGAAAUGACGACCUGUCAGUGGCCGUGAGCAAGAGUAGCGGGGCAGUUUCUCAGCUCUCACUGGGAAAACAGGACUUAAUAGGGGAGGGGAGUGGGAGAGGGCCGUAUCUGGAUUGUUCCUGUAUUCCUAGCGGAUUCUGGACCCCGGGUGGCACCGCUCGAUUCAAGCUCAUAAAGGGUACCGACUCGACCGGGACACCGUAUGGCGGCGUUGUGAUGAGCGAUACAUAUGCGUCUACAAAUCAGACACUAGAGCAGUACUGGUUUUUGCGAGAAGGCGAAACUGGUUUACAUAUGUUCUCUCGAGUUACCUAUUUCAACCAGGCGACACCUUUCCUCCGAGGACUUGGCGAGCUACGUACACUCUUCAGGCCGAGCACAAAGUUAUGGACUCACCUCUCCGGAAGCGAGGGCAAUUGGGCGCCGAUUCCCUCUGCUGACGCUAACAGUAAAGCUAUCACGGUCCAGGACGCAACAACUUACCUCGGCAACUCGACGAAUGAUCCCUAUGUAAAGCAAUACUCGGAUUACUUUACGAAGUACACCUUUGCCGAGGUUUGGCGUGAUCAUGAUGUUCAUGGACAGUAUUCGGAUGGAUCGACUAGUUCUGACGGAAAUACAUACGGUGCUUGGUUAGUUCACAAUACGAGGGAGACAUAUUACGGGGGUCCAUUGCACUCCGAUCUAGUUGUAGACGGCAUAGUUUAUAACUACUUGGUGGCUGGCCAUCAUGGCGCGCCGGUUCCUAACAUCACUCAUGGUUUUGAUCGCACCUGGGGGCCGCAGUAUUAUCAUUUCAACAAGGGUGGACCGAAGACAACCCUCGCUGAACUGAGGGCCGACGCGGCGCAAUAUGCAAAUCCGGAAUGGAACAGCGAGUUUUAUGAUAGCAUUGCCCAGUACGUACCUAACUACGCGCCAUCAUCUAAGCGAACUACGUUUAAGGCAACGAUCGAAUUGCCCGCGGGCGCAAAGCGGCCCCUUGCUGUUCUCGCCGAAAACAAGCAAGAUUUCCAGCUGAAUGUCUUUGACCAGUCUAGCCUGCAGUACUGGGCGGAUAUAAAUCCUGAUACCGGAGUAGUAGAGAUCCCUAGAGUGAAAGAAGGCACUUAUAGGCUGACUGUGUAUGCGGAUGGGAUCUUUGGGUGGUUCAUCCAGGACGACGUCGAAGUCUCAAAAUCCGGGAGCAGCACCCCUUUCAAGUUUCAAUGGGAACCCGAAAGCGCAGGGAAAGAAAUCUGGCGAAUCGGUACGCCUGACAAGUCAGCAGGUGAAUAUAAGCACGGCUACGCACCGGAUACAUCGAAGCCUCUGCAACCCGAGCAAUACCGCGUGUACUGGGCAAACUGGGAUUUCCCGACCGACUUCCCGGACGGAGUUCGAUUCAAAAUCGGAGAGAGCAAGGAGGCCGAAGACUUCAACUACAUACACUGGAGUGUCUUCCCUGGAAAAUCUAACUUCUUCCGCUCGCAGCCGUACUACGAAAACGUGAACAAUUGGACCGUCCAGUUCAAUCUCACCGGCGAUCAGCUAGCUGACGCCAAGAAGGCGACACUCACGAUCGACCUCGCGGGCGUGAAAACGGCCAAUGGGAAUGACAAGUGGGCGUCGCUCCCGAAUGAGAAGUACUCCAACGUACCGUACACCGUUGCCGCAAACGGCCGGGAUGUGGAGACGUGGAUCAUACCGUCGUACCGUAGCGGUUCUUGUGGAGUGCGAAGUAGCGUCGUCUGUCAAAACUUCGGGAAGAAAUUUGAAUUUUCGACGGGGUUACUGAAGGAGGGCGUCAACGAGCUUGUCUUGAGUCUACCGUUUAAUGCGACGAAUACGGAGACGGCUUUGUUGCCGGGGACGAUAUACUUGCAGUAUGACGCACUUAGAUUCGAGCUUAGCUAAGCUGGAAUGGUCGAAUAAGUCUUAUGUUGGCUUAUUGUUCAAUGGUAUACUUGUGAGACAUUGUUUAGUAAAGGAUGUGAUAAUAAAGGGAUUCGUCUAGUCACCGUAUUAUUAACAUGUGGAAAGUCUAGUUCUUAGCUCUAGGAUCUUAAGAUCUUAUCUUAGUUUAAGCUUGUGUAACAAGUAACUAGAGUUUAAAUAGUUAGUAGUUAUACACUUCACUAGUCUCUUUAGGGCUUUUAUAGAUCAAAGAUAUAUCAAAGUCAGCAAUACAAGCAUC